CGGCCUCCGACCGGGGGCGGGGCGAGAGGGCCGAAGGAGGCGCCUAGGCGGCUGGGUCUCAGAGCCUGCAGGCCACGCGCCGUCGCCGCCGCCCUCUUCGGAGGCGGGAGGGGCAGGCGGACGAGGCGCGUCGCCGGAAGCCAUGUUUGUGGCGCGCAGCAUCGCGGCGGACCACAAGGAUCUCAUCCACGAUGUCUCUUUCGACUUUCACGGGCGGCGGAUGGCGACCUGCUCCAGCGACCAGAGCGUCAAGGUCUGGGACAAAAGUGAAAGUGGAGAUUGGCAUUGUACUGCUAGCUGGAAGACACACAGUGGAUCCGUGUGGCGUGUGACGUGGGCCCAUCCUGAAUUUGGACAGGUUUUGGCUUCCUGUUCUUUUGAUCGAACAGCUGCUGUGUGGGAAGAAAUAGUAGGAGAAUCCAAUGACAAACUGCGAGGACAGAGUCAUUGGGUGAAGAGGACAACUCUCGUGGAUAGCAGAACAUCCGUGACGGACGUGAAGUUUGCUCCCAAACACAUGGGUCUUAUGUUAGCAACCUGCUCGGCAGAUGGCGUAGUGAGAAUAUACGAGGCACCAGAUGUUAUGAAUCUCAGCCAGUGGUCUCUGCAGCACGAAAUCUCUUGUAAGCUAAGCUGUAGUUGCAUCUCUUGGAACCCUUCAAGCUCUCGUGCGCAUUCCCCCAUGAUAGCCGUAGGCAGCGACGACAGCAGUCCAAAUGCAAUGGCCAAGGUUCAGAUUUUUGAGUACAACGAAAACACCAGGAAAUAUGCAAAAGCUGAAACUCUUAUGACAGUCACUGAUCCUGUACAUGAUAUUGCAUUUGCUCCAAACUUGGGAAGAUCUUUCCAUAUUCUAGCAAUAGCAACCAAAGAUGUCAGAAUUUUUACAUUAAAGCCUGUGAGGAAAGAACUUACUUCCUCUGGUGGGCCAACAAAAUUUGAAAUCCAUAUAGUGGCUCAGUUUGAUAAUCAUAAUUCUCAGGUCUGGCGAGUGAGUUGGAACAUUACUGGAACAGUGUUGGCAUCUUCGGGAGAUGAUGGCUGUGUAAGAUUAUGGAAAGCUAAUUAUAUGGACAACUGGAAGUGCACUGGCAUUUUGAAAGGUAAUGGGAGCCCAGUCAGUGGGAGUUCUCAGCAAGGAAACUCAAACCCUUCCCUAGGUUCAACCACUCCAAGUCUUCAGAACUCAUUAAAUGGAUCUUCUGCCGGCAGAAAGCACAGCUGAGUACAAGCUAACUGGAGUAACUUUGCUGUCUUGCUGCUUGUUGCAUGCACACAGGAAUGGGACGCCAGCUCCUCUCCCCCUUCCCUGCGCCCUCUGACCUCUCCCGAGACACACCAGCAGCCUGCUUACCACUAAACGCAGCCCAAAAGGCCUUUAGAAAUGCAGUGGAUAUCAUUUUUUUUUUGUAUAGUCAGUUUAUUGACACUAUUUGAAACUUUUGAAAUCUUUGGAGAGGCUUUUUGUUGAGACAUUGUCAUCAAAACAAUUUUUUGAAAUGUUCCUGAAACAAAUUUGGAUUUAAAAAUUAAAAGGAUUGUUACCAUCCUUGUAACUGGUUGGGAGGAGGGAAGAAACCAUUUUAUUCCAUUUGGAGAAUAUAGAUAUAUUUCUUUUGUUUUCUAAAUAAGCUAAACAUGAUGAAUUUUUAUAAUUUUAAUUUGAAGAUUGAAUAAAUAUUUUUCAUAAAGAUUGUUUUGAGUGCUAAUUUGUUUACCUUUUGUAGAAUUGCUUUAUAAAUGAUAUUAUUUCAUACAACUGUCAUUCCUUUGUAAUAUUUAAAAAAUAUUAAAGAGGAAAUUAGUAAAGUAGUCUUAGUAAGAUGAAAGGAAUUUGACUGUACAGUUUGUAGCCGAGUGGAGUGUUUGGUAUUGUUCCAUUCAUAAUUUGGUGGGAAAUGGAAACACCUUUAAAAUUCCAAUUCAUAUUCCCUAACGACUUAAAUGUUUCUGAUAAUGUGCAUGUAUAUUUUUGUGAUGUGAUUUCAUGGCUUAAAGUUUUCCUUCAAGACACAAUUUGGAAAUAUCAGUUAAAAUUUUGCUAAAAGUGUGCAUGCAAAUUAACUUCACAUUCCAUGUCUCAGGAUUUUCUUUAGCUUGCUGUUUCAGUUUGUUCAUAUUCUCUAGCUAUAAAUCUUUACAUUUGCUAAAAUGCAUAAGUAUUACGGGUAAGUUAUACAAUGGCGCAAUAAUAAUAAUAGGGCGUAAUAAUUAUUUGAGUCCUUUUACAUAUCAAAAUUCUGUAGCUAUUUUAAGGUUUUUGCAGAAAAAAUAAGUAUGUUUAAUGAUUGUAUUUCUUCAAAAGUAUGUUGCAAUAGCCAGACAUACAAAUGUAAAAGUGUAUUCAAAUUGGUUUUCAGUAUCAUGUAUGCACUAAAAAAUGUGUGCCUGCUGCUACAGAUGGAGCAUUGCUUGAAGUAAAAAAAGCACAUUAGGUUUGUAAAUUUACAGAGUGGCAUCAGAUAUGUUUCUGAGGGGUUAGAAAAGGUUUUAAAUUUAUAAAAUUAAUGUCUUUGUAACACUCACACUGAUAAUUUCUUUGAUAUUUUAACAGAUUGUAUUUCUUUCCUUCAAGUUUCUAUACUUGCUUAAGCAAUCUUGAUUUGAGUAAGGGUCUUGAUUUGUGCUAUUAUGUUCUGUUAGUUUUGGCAUGAAUAUACUAAAGCUUUUUUUUUCCAGCAUGUGUUUUCUCCUCUUUGGUUCUCUUUGUAUUUACUACUUUUCUCUUUUUCUUCUGUUUUGUUUUUGUUUCUUUUCUUUUUUUUUUUUUU